UAAGAAUGAUGAUUUGGUUACAAGAAACUUGCAGCCAUAGCUUGCUUUGACAGCUAAUUUGAUUCUUAAGGACCGCAAAAAGUUUAAAAAAAUCCCUAAGAAUCUAAGAAUUAAGUCCAAACUUCCAAACAAUGGAAAGCAUGAAGUUAAUAGAUUAAACUAGCACAAGAAAAACAACAAUUUAAACUCCCUAAACCAAUGCACUUCUUGCUUAUAGGAUUGACCAGCAAGCAAGAGAAUAGCUUUUAGAGCUUUGCAGCCGAACACUCACCGAAGUGGCUCCAGCAGGCUUCAACGGCGGUGGCUGGCAAACACCCCGGCGCACCACUGGAGGAGGACGUCGACCGAUCAAACCUUAGCUAUCUCGACAGAGUACACAGAAGCAAUCCCGAGUCAAUACCGCAGAAAAUGAAGCCCAAGUUACGGUCAAGCGUAGGCGGUCUAAGCUGGCUCCCUCCGGCCACGCGACACAUAAGAACGGCAGAGACAUCGAUGUUACAUCAGAGAGGCUGUCGGAGCAAAGGAAACACGGGAAUGAAGCACGGAAGGAGUAUAGAAGCUCCUUGAAAACAGACGACUCAACUGGUAGAUGAAGGCUCCGGCUAGAUGCAGGUGAAUCCUUGACUACGGGUUGUCCUCAAAACCCUACUAAACAAAGAUCGGGAACAAGAAGAGGAGCCAAACGAUUACCGCAAGACCGUCAUGGUUGUUGAUUCUUGGACUAAGAGACAGAGGUCCUCAGUGGUACACCUCGCUACCACAGUUCACUCAGACUGAGAGGAGGAGCUCUACGAAACCUUGGAGCAAGUCGAUAGAGGAAGCUGACUGGAGCAAGACAGGAACGGGGACAGCAGCGACGCGUCCGUUGCUCCGGCGUGUCUCGGAUCUCAGAUCUGACCCAGAUCGAGCGCAAUCAGCGUCUACCGGAAGACCCAAGGCUCCCUAUGCUAACCCGGACUUGACUAGCCUCGCUGGAGUUCCAGAGGAACCAGAGACGCCUCUGAUACCCGAUUAUCCGGAGGAAGAGAUUCUACAGAUCCAGAAGACCGAGCAAGGAGGAUAGACGAAGAGGGUAGCAGCAGAGGGAAGAGGUGGAGAUGGACUUCGCGGGAUGAAUGUGGCCCUCUCACACCGCCUAACGGCGCCGGAGAGGCUGGAUGAAGUCGACGAUUCGAGAACGAGGGUGAUUAGGGUUGAGAGAAAACUUUUGGGGGCGCGUUGGGUCACCGCCACCCCAUUUCUCCCUCGUGACAAACUCAAAUUUGCAACAAGAAGAACUAGAAGAAGAGAGAAACUGAAACUCAGAAAAAUAAAGAUAAAGAAAAACUGAAGAAGAAGAAGAUUUAUAAACGUUUUCUAGUGGUUUUGAUUCGUUUCUUCCAAGUUGCUUAACGAUGUCGAGUUCUAUGGAGUGCUCUGCUACUCGGAGAUCUUCUUCCUCAGGGAAGCCGAGCUUCUCGCUGACGUGUAGUCGAUUGAGUCAGUAUCUGAAGGAGAACGGUAGCUUUGGAGAUCUCAGCUUAGGGAUGUCAUGCAAGCCUGAGACCAACGGCAUGUCACGUAAGCCUACAACAACCAUGAGUUUAUUCCCUUGUGAAGCUUCCAACGUGGGUUCCAUGGCCGCUGCUCAAGAUGUUAAACCCAAGAAUCUGUUUCCUAGGCAACCAAGCUUUUCUUCCUCAUCUUCCUCAAUCCCCAAGGAAGUUGUCCCCAAAAUGACACAGACUACUACUACUAGAUCUUUGAAACCAGAGCCUCAAACUGCACCGUUGACUAUAUUCUACGGCGGGCAAGUGAUUGUGUUCAAUGACUUUUCUGCUGAGAAAGCCAAAGAAGUUAUGAACUUGGCUAGCAAAGGAACCGCUAACACCUUCACCGGUUUCAAAUCUACUCUUAACAACAACAUCGCUCCUACCCCGAACCAAGUUCCUCAUCUCAUGAAAACAGCAUCUCAAGACCCAAAGCAAACCUCCUCAGCUGCAAUGGCAUGUGAACUUCCUAUUGCGAGAAGAGCUUCACUUCAUCGGUUCUUGGCGAAGAGAAAGGAUAGGGUUACGUCAAAGGCACCAUACCAGUUGAGCGAUCCAGCCAAAGCGUUUUCAAAGCCUCAAACCGGAAACAGCACCACCUCUUGGCUUGGUUUAGCAGCUGAUAUGUGACGUGAUAUCGCUAAAUAACCACAAACCGUACCGGGCUAUUCUUUUGACGUUGCAUCAAUAAAACAAGAAGAACAAAACUCCUGCGUCCAUGGUUCUUAAUUAUAUUUUUUCACAACUAUUCAAUUAGUAGGAAACUUCAUAUAUUUGUAUGUAUUUGAUUAUGAUUAGCGAUCAAUUCUUGUUAGCGUCUGUCUUUUCUAGGUAUUGUAUAAUCCCCAUCUCUGGGUUAUUUCAAAUAGUCUCGUAUGUUACUGAUUUUGUAAGAACAACAAAUUUUGUUGACGACUACUAUACUUUAGUUUCGUUUGAAUAUUU